AUGUCCAAAAAGCCAAUCGACGAGUGGCAGCCCCCUGUCCCUCCUCAUGACAAACGACUUAGCAGCCAAUCUUCUAGAUUUUCACACGGCUCGUUCCAUAACGCUGAGGUUGGAGAAGCUGUGCCAGUGCCUAUAAAAAGAUCGGAGAGUGUCAGAACACAAGGGAGUGUCAAAUACUACGAAGGCUCAAGAGUUCCCUCGGAGGCUCCAACAACUACGGAUGAAGAGUCAAUGUACUCUGAGCACCAGGUUAAGCUUGGUAGACUCAAUACUAGGGUGAGUCAGGCUCCCAAUGUGGCAGGCCCUCUGAUGACAUUGAACACAGAGGUUGAAGACGUGCAUGCUCAUAGAUUUUCGGUCAACAUCACAGACGAUUUGGACAAGCUCAUGGAGAAUGCCAGCAGCUUAAGGAGUGAGCCAUUGGAUGAUGAGCCAUUUGGUGUCACCAGUCCUACUGAGCUGCACUACACCGCACCAGAGCCUUCUUCUAUACCAGGUAACACCAACAGACACUCCACUUUUUCAUCUGGCAGCUUUGAAACAGCAGACAGCGGAGAAGGUUCAGACGGGUUACCUCAGGUUCCAGAACACACCGUUGGCAGUCGCCAAUUGCCCAAGAGACCAAGCCCACAGAGCUUGGAGAAGGCCAGAGUUGCAUCGCACCAGUUCAGCUUGUACUCGCGUGAGGAAGGUGAAAGAACUCUUAGCUUCCAUGAGCUGGAAAAGGAAGGUGACGCUGGAGAAGAAGCCGAACCUAAAGAAGGAAUGCAGCGUCCACACCACAUUAUGAGCAGCGAGGAAGAGUAUGGAAAAGCCUACGAAAGAGAGUUUGCAAAGGAGCAGGGAUUCACUCCCGAGGGCACCAGCGAUGCCGGCACAAGCGGGGGUCCUAGUCGAGGCCCUAGUCUUCGUGCUGCAGUGGUUGCCAAAGAAGCUGCAAAGGAAGAAGGUGAUGUUCAAGGCCUCAAUGUAGCUACUGGAGUUGCGGCCGGCGUUGCUGCUGGAGCUGUUGCUGGAGGAGCUGUUGGGCUCGCUGCUGGAAAUGCUGAACGCACCGAAUUGGAGCCACCUUUGGAAGCCACUCGUGCACCUGUGGAGGAAACCAACGAGAACACUGAAAAGCAAGAGCCAGGCCUGCCAUACCUAGAACGACCACAGGCUGGUACCUUACUUGCAAAAAGCGACCCCGACAUUGUCGCUGCGAGAGACAGUGUCUACACGGAUCAUGGACUUGGACUUGGUCACGACGACGAGUACUACGAUAUCGAGGAGCCUGUGGUGGUGAACCCCGUGAGGGCCAAGUCUGUGAAGGACAAUAUCCAGAUGCCCAAGCGCAAGAGCACCAAGCGUAAGCCGCGGAAAAAUGUUCGCAGUGGCAGCGGAGGCAUGAAGCCAUUUUCGUACAACACGCUUAUCAAUCUCCUCGAAAGCAUCAACGGCGCUGUGAUUGGCGAAGAGUUCGAGACGCUCAGCAUCCCCAUCAAGGAAAAGCAGAUGAUCGAGAAGAUCGUGGACUCGUUGAGUCGGCUCACCUCCGACAUGAUUCUCGACGAACAGCGGUACGAGAUUGGACUCGAGCGGCUCGAGAAAGCACAUCGUGUGCUUGAAGGAUUUAUGUAG